AUGGGAGUCGAAGGCCUCUCCGCACUACUUCACAAACUUCAAGGGUCUCUUCGCUUCCUCAAACUAGAAUCAGUGAGCAUGUCAUAUGACAGCGGUGAUGAUCUGAAGUCACUAUUCCAAGACCUGGGUAAAUUCCCUAAGUUGGAGACAGUCAAAUUUUGGGACCUGUGGGUUGGUGCAUGCUUUUUCGCCAACAAGCUGGUCCAUUUCCCUGCGCUCUGGGAGAACCCUAUCAUCGACGAAGUGCGAGGAACAAGAUUUGCAUACAUGUGCACUGGCCGGAAGGGCGCAUGGAGGAUCGCGUUUGUAGAUUACUCGGGGCCAAAUAUGGAUGUUGCUUUGGAGGUUCUCGCGCGAACUUUGGAGGUUGUCUAG